UCCUCAAUCGCCGUCUUCCUGGCUCAGAAGCGCGGCACCGGCCCGCGCACGAGGCCUUCCGAACUGGAACGAAGCCAUGCGGCUCCCGUCCCAGGUGGCGCUGCUGGGCGCUGCCGCCAGCGCCCUCGCUGUCGGCAGCAGAGUGUCCCAGCCGGUGACGCCGGUGCAAAAGGUGUUGAGCCUGCUCGAGGGCCUCAAGGCCGAGAUCGAGGCCGACGGCGCCGCGGAGGCCAAGACGUACGACGAGUACGCCUGCUUCUGCAGGGACCAGACCGGCGUGAACGCCCGGUGCAUCCUCGACGGGCAGGACACCAUCGACGCGCUCUCGGCCAGCAUCGCGGACGACACCGCCACCAUGGACGGCAAGGCGGUGGAGCUACAGGAGCAGAAGGCCAAGCUCGAGAAGCUGCAGGGGGACCUCGUGGCGGAGACGGAGAGGUGCCUCAAAGAGGCGGCGGACUUCGAGGCGGACCUGUCCGACCUCGGCAAGGCCUGCUUCGCCCUGGACAAAGCCCUGGGGGCCAUGAAGGGAGGCAUGCCGUCGCUGCUGCAGCUGCGCGGCGCCCCCCUCGGGGCCGGGCUCGCCGACGCGGUGCGCCUCGGCGAGGCCCUGGGCCUGGUGGCGGGCUCUGGCCGCCAGGCGGUGUCCUCGCUGCUGCAGGUCGACCCGAGCGAGCCCGAGUACAACAUCACUCCGACAGCAUCGUGGAGCUUCUGGAGAAGCUCAAGGUGCAGUUCGAUGCGAAGAGGACGGAGACGCAGGCGGAGUACGCGAAGGCCAAGAAGAUCUGCGAGGACACCAAGAAGGAGCUGAACGAUGGCAUCGACGAGACUGGCGACGAGAUUUCGAGCCUCGAGCUGGCGAUCGACGGGCUGCAGAAGUCCAUCGCACAGAACCGCAGGUCACUCGUCGACUCAGAGGCAAUGCUCAAGGACGACAAAGUCUACCUCCGCGACCUGACGGAGCAGUGCGAGACUGCUGCCAAGCAGUGGGACCAACGCUCCGCCGAGAGGGCUUGCCUUAAGGAGCUACAGGCGCUGGCGGAGGCCCUGGCGCUGCUGCAGGGCACGCCGGACCAGACCGGCGCCCAGGAGAGCUCGACGCGGCGGCCAACGAGCGGGCCCUCCUGCAGAAGCCCCAGCCGGCCCUGCGGGCGGUUGGCGCCAAGGCC